AUGGCUUCAUGGGUUGCAAAUACUCAUGCAGCAGUGGCCAUGGUGUUGCUGUUGUUGAUGCAGUUCGGGCUCCCGGCCCGAUCAAAACCCGUGAUUACAGACCCAAAAUGUGUGGAUUAUGACCCAUUCGAUAGAUGUUGCCCACCCCCCAGUCCUAAGAAGAUCGUCAAUUUUAAACCGCCGCCUCAAUCCUCGCCGCUUCGUGUCCGCCGGCCGGCCCAUGCUCUUGGCCCGGAAGAGGCCCGAAAGUACGCGAGAGCCACCGCGCUUAUGCGGGCAUUGCCGCAUAAUCAUCCAUGGAAUUUUUUCCGGCAGUCGAAUGUUCACUGCGCUUAUUGUUCUCGCAGCUACUUCCAGCUCGGCCAUAAUUACCCCCUUGAGAUCCAUGGCACCUGGCAUUUUUUCACAUGGCACCGAGCCUACCUCUACUUCUAUGAGCGAAUCCUCGGCAAGCUCAUCAACGACACUUCCUUCGCCCUCCCAUUUUGGAACUGGGACGACCCUUCCGGCAUGAGCAUUCCACCCAUCUAUCGAGACCACUCUUCCUCCCUCUUCAACCCUACUCGGAACCCCGACGGCCUCAAGUUCAUAAGCCUCGGCGGCUGCGAGGGAAAUAACACUCUCGAAUCCCUCCCAAAGCAAAGACAAUGCAAUCUUCAGGUCAUGCACCGCCAAUUCAUAUCCGGAUUCAAGUCCAGUUUACUCUUCUUCGGAGGCCAAUACCGUGCCGGAGACCGGUCCUUACCUGGCGGUGGAUCCAUUGAAGGCUCACCGCACGGCCCCGUUCACCUCACCGUCGGCUCCGACAUGAGUGCUUUAGAGACAGCCGCCCAAGAUCCCAUCUUUUUCGCUCACCAUGGAAACAUAGAUAGGUUGUGGGAGAUAUGGGAAAGUACUCCGGGCAAAAAAAGGGAGAUUUUUAGUGAUAAUGACUUUCUUGAUGCUUCGUUUGUCUUUUGGGACGAGAACAAGCAGGUUGUGCGCAUAAGGGUAAGGGACCUUAUUGAUACGCGCAAGCUUGGGUAUGUGUAUGAGGAAGUUCCAUUGCGGUGGAUGAAUAUAAAGACGACGGUGGAAAAAGCUGGUGCGUUCGUGGCCAUGGAUGAGAAGGAGGCGGUGAGGUUUCCAGUGCUGUUGAGUUCUCAAGUGACUGUUAAUGUCGCAAGAAAGGUGGGGAAGAAAGAGGAGAUUCUUGUUGUGAGUGAUAUUGCGUUGGAUGGAAGAGAUUAUGUGUGGUUUAAGGUUUAUGUUGGCAGAGUGCGUGGCGGAAGAGUUGAAGCUGGUUGCUUUAUACAUAUGCAGAGAAGAGCAAAUAAGAAGAUACCAGUGGUAACGAAGCUACAGCUUGACAUAACGCAGUUCGUAGAGGAUAUUAGAGCUGAUGGUGAUGAUCAGGUGGUGGUUACAUUGGUCCCUAAGGUUGGAGGAGAUAAAGUCGCCAUUGGAGGAGUUUCGAUUCCGGUCAAGAGAGCAGCGAUCAAUAUGCUUGAAGGUGAAAGGUGGAGGAGCUUCAAGGAAAGAUCAGUUUGGAUCUUUGCAGUGGAGUUUUGGACUUCAGGUGGAGUCCGGGAGACACUGAGGGCGCUUGAAGAUGCGAGGUCGUGCGGUGCACGAGGAGUCCGCAUAGGAGCGUGGGGCACUGGUGACGAGCGAAGCGCAGGUGAAGGCGCAGAGCUCGUUGAACGGGUGGAUACGUGCAGGAUGUGGUCGGGGAGAGACCACAUGAGUGCGAGGCGCAAGUGCGGGCUUGUGGCAUUUGGAUGCGGGCUGGAGGCGCAGGGCGCGAGCACUGAGGCGCAGAGUGCUGGUGGAUGCACAGGGCGCGGAAGCCGGGCUAAGGGUGAUCGGGAUUGGCUGCAUUGGACGCAGUGCGACAGAAGAUCUGUCGGGAGGAGCUAG